CUUCUUCAUCUCGCCUUCUUCUAUCAGUAGCUCUCCAGAGAAUGUAGCUGCGGACAAUCCAGGGAACGCAAACCAUCACCCAUAUCCAGGUGGCUGAAGAUUCAUCUGGGUUCGAUUUCGAUUCUAUCAAAUGGAAACGGAGAAAUUCAGGCAAGAAUUGGAUAUAGCAGUCAGAGUGGUUCACUUAGCCUGUUCUCUUUGUCGAAAGGUGCAACAGAGUUUGGUUUCUUCAAGAUACGAUCAAUCAACCUCCAAGGAUGACGAUUCUCCUGUUACAAUUGCAGAUUGGAGUGUCCAAGCAAUGGUUAGCUGGAUGCUUUCAGAGCAUUUUGGUAGCCAAAAUCUAUCAAUUAUGGCAGAAGAAGAUACAAAAACUCUCUUAAAACCCGAUUCAUCUGAUCUCUUAACCACAGUUGUUAAAACCGUGAAUGAAUGUCUUGACGAAGCUCCCAAAUACGGUCUGAAAAGCCCUUUAAAAGCCCUCGAUGUUCCUCAAGUUCUACACGCGAUCAGCCGUUGUAAUUCGAAUGCUGGAACAGUAGGAAGGCAUUGGAUCCUUGAUCCUGUUGAUGGGACAUUAGGGUUUCUACGUUUGGAUCAAUAUGCAGUUGCGUUAGCCUUAAUUGAUAAUGGACAAGUGGUUAUUGGUGUUCUUGGUUGCCCUAAUUAUUCGAUGAGAAAGGAUGGAAUGAAACUAGCAAUGUCGAAUAAUUCUUUAUUGGUUAAUAAUCCUUCGGAGAAUAAUAAGGGAUGUGUGAUGUUUACGGCUAGAGGAAGCGGUAAAGCGUGGAUGCAACCAAUGAUCGGUGGGGACGAGGAGUUUGAGUGGCUUAAACGAACUGAACAAAUUAGGGUUUCUUCUAUAAAUGAUCCGGCUCAAGCUACGUUUUGUGAACCGGUUGAGAGAGCAAAUUCGAAUCACUCUUUUGCCGCCGAACUUGCUCAUAGUGUUGGGCUUAGGAAGCAACCAUUACGUGUUUAUAGCAUGGUUAAGUACGCAGCAAUAGCAAAAGGAGACGCCGAAAUAUUUAUGAAAUUUGCAAGAGUCGGUUAUAAGGAGAAGAUAUGGGAUCAUGCAGCCGGAGUUCUACUCGUACAUGAGGCGGGUGGUGUUGUGACGGAUGCUGGUGGGCGGCAGUUAGAUUUCUCGAGGGGAGUUUACUUAGAAGGCCUCGAUCGAGGCAUUAUUGCUUGUUCAGGAGCCGAUCUUCAUAACAAGAUUGUGAAUGCAAUUUUCGCAAGUUGGGAUUCUUCUAGCCUAUGAGAAUUUUAGAUUUUUC